CUUUCUCUCUGUGUGAAUUUUACAGAAACAAGAAAAAAAUACAAAAUUUUAAAACCUCUCUCUUUUUUAUCAUCUAUCAAAAUUUCUUGCUCUCUCUCUCUCGUGCAUGUUACAGAGAGUGGUGCAGAAAGUUUUGUGUCUCAGAUCCCGAUAUACUGCUGCUCUGCUAUCCUCACCAUUAACGAGAAUACACUGUUCCUUUUUCUUUCUAUUAAACCAUCACUAUUCAUCUCUCUUUGUGGUUGUGGUCCUCUUCCAUUUCUUUCGUUUUGUUUAAUUGUAUAAACUACAUACAUAUAUACUCUCUUCUAGGUUUUAUUUUGUGAACAAAUGCAAGAACCGGGCUUGGGUAUAAUGGGUGGUGGUAUUGGUGGAGGAGGUGAAGUCUCCGGUGACCAAAGUCAGCAACAACUGAAGGCUGAAAUAGCGACUCACCCACUUUAUGAACAGCUAUUAGCGGCUCAUGUAUCGUGUCUGCGUGUUGCGACACCUAUUGAUCAAUUGCCUCUAAUUGAUGCGCAGUUGUCUCAGUCUCACCAUCUUCUUAGGUCUUAUGCUUCUCACCAUCAUCAACACUCUCUUUCUCCUCAUGAAAGGCAGGACCUUGACAACUUCUUGGCACAAUAUUUGAUAGUAUUAUGUACUUUCAAAGAACAGCUUCAGCAACAUGUCAGAGUCCAUGCCGUUGAAGCUGUUAUGGCCUGCCGUGAAAUCGAAAAUACCUUACAAGCUCUCACUGUUACACGUUUGGUGGACAAAGAAGAUAAGCAUUUGGGGUUUCUUGCAAGUUUGAGAAUUAAGAGUGUAGAUCCGUACAGAAAGUUGGGUGAGGAAAUAGUUGUAGGACCUACCAAUCAAUAUAUCAUAAUGCCUUAAAAAUAGCAGUUGGGUUGUUUGGUGGAGGCGGCUGACCACCACCAUCACUGCCGCCGCCAUCAGCACGGCCCAAAUGGACGGCUAUGGAACAGUAGUUUUAAUUCUUAUUAGCUUUCUUAAUUUGUUAAAGUAUCUUUGUUUGGAGGUUUUCCCUCCCAAUAAUUGAGUUAGGUUUAGAAGUUU